GGCGAGCGAUAGUGAGUGAGCGAAGAAGCUAAACGAGCGGAACGAAUUAGAGAUUGAUUAACAUUGGCAUUAACGGUUUAGUUGGUACUCCUGAAGGAUGGCGCGCUGGUGUUUAAAAAGCGAACUGCUUUUCAUAGCAACUUUGGGCGCUUUACUUUUUGUGCAUAGCGCAACUGGCGCGCAAGACCUUGACGGCGAUAAGCAACUUGGCGGUCGAAUUAUCAAUGGCACUUUGGCCACUUUGAAUGGCACCAAACAUCAAGUGUCGAUUAGAAGACGUGUGAGUGAUCGCUUCUAUUUUGGUAGUGGGCACAUUUGCGGUGGUUCAUUAAUCGAACCGAAUGUGGUGCUAUCAGCGGCACACUGUUUCGUGAAUCAAGAUAUCAAUAAUGGCUCUUAUCGUUCGGCCGCUGAUUUCACCGUUGUAAUGGGCACCUUGGACCGCUUUCAACGCUCACCCAAUACACUCCAAUUUGACAUUGAGCAAAUCGUUUACGGCAUAGACAUAUUCAAUACGUCCACCUAUGAAAAUGAUAUUGCACUGGUGUUUUUGAAUGAUUCCGUGCCUGCGGGACAUCCCACCAUAGAGGCCAUUGCGAGAGCUCGAACGGCGGUAGCUGCGGGUACCGUCUGCCAGGCGACCGGCUGGGGCCGAACCGAAAAAGGAAAUUUGGCAACUAAUUUGCUGUCUGUGGAUUUGCCCAUAAUUGAUGUCAACGAAUGCAUAGCGGAAAGUAACUUUGCGCCGGGUCUGGUACGCGAGGGUAUGCUCUGUGCCGGCUACAUCAGUGGCGAGCAGGAUGCCUGUGAUGGUGACUCGGGUGGUCCGUUGGUUUGUAAUACGCUGCUGACCGGCAUUGUAUCGUGGGGCAUUGGCUGUGCUCAGCCUCGUCUACCUGGCGUUUACACGGAUGUCGCCUAUUGGUACAACUGGAUCGAUAAUGUAACGGAAAGCAAUAGAAAGGCAGACAAUAGCACUGCCGGUGGCAACAGCACUACCGGUGGCAACAGCACCAGCCCGAAUGGUAACGGCACGUCAUCUGGUAAUAGCACUGGAGGAGGUGGCAGUGGUGGAGUUGGUGGCGGCGGCGGUGGCGGUGCCAUGUCCAACUUGUCGCAUUCUGCAGUGAUGCUCGUGAUGAUCGUCGCUUGGACUACACUGAUGAGUUAUUUCAAUUGAGCAGAGUGAACAGCGAAAUUUAAAAA